GAAUAAGUGUAAACUAACCUCAACAUGUUGCAGAACCUAUGUGUUUUAAAGAAGUCAAGAUUUUGGAUUAUAAAAAAGAUGUCAUCUGUAUCUAGAGUUGCGUACAAAAAUUUACUUGUAGAAACUGUUGAAGGAAUAACAACCAUCGGCAUUAAUAGACCAGAAAAGAGAAAUGCAGUUAACCAAGAAACUGCUGUCGAACUUGUCGAUGCAUUUAAACAUUUUGAAAAUGACCACGAGUCAAAAGUUGCCGUGCUUCAUGGAAAGGGUGGCAACUUUUGUGCUGGGUUUGAUUUAUCAGCAUUAGCAUCAUCCAAUGAGGAAGACCUGCUGAAAUUUGGAGCAAGUGAGAAUGCACCUAUGGGUCCGUCAAGAAUGUGUUUCAGCAAGCCCGUGAUAGCUGCGGUGGACGGCUACGCUGUGGCCGGGGGACUGGAGCUGGCCCUGCUGUGUGACCUCAGGGUCAUGGAGGAGACUGCAGUCAUGGGGGUCUUCUGUAGACGCUUUGGUGUACCUUUAAUUGAUGGUGGAACAGUUCGUCUUCCAAAGCUAAUUGGAUUGUCGCGGGCAAUGGACUUGAUUUUAACAGGAAGGAGCGUUUCAGGCAAAGAAGCCUUUGAGAUGGGGUUGGCAAAUAGACUGUGUACCACUGGAGCAGCCCUAGGCGUUGCUAUUACGCUUGCACAUUCACUCCUGAGGUUCCCGCAGAAAUGUAUGAACCUGGACCGACAGUCGGCCUACUAUUCCUUAUACAAUGCAACCUCCCUAGACGAUGCCUUGAAGUUUGAAUAUGAAAAUGGUAUCCAAAUUAUAGCUGAGGAGUCUGUGAAAGGUGCAAAGCGGUUCACUGAAGGAAUAGGGAAAGGAGGAUCAUUCAAUCUGAACAAACCAAAAUUGUGAGAAAAUGACAUGUGACAAAAUGUCAACCAAAUGACUGUGAUUUCAAUGUGUUUAAUUUUUUUGAGAUGUCAAUGGAUUAUGAGAUAGUUAAUCAGAUCCUUACUAAUUAGUCUUGAUUUUUAUGAUAAAUCAAUCCUAUUAAAGGUAUAUGUGUCAAUGUUUAUGAAAUAUCCAUGAUUAUGAUAUGUCAAUGUUUAUAUCAAUGGUUAUGAGAUGUUAAUGGUUAUUAAUGAUAUGUCAAUGUUUAUGAUAUGUCAAUGUUUAUGAGAUGUUUAUGAUAUAUCAAUGGUUAUGAGAUGUUAAUGGUUAUUGUCCCCUACUGGUUUCACCAGAGGGGACUUAUGGUUUGCGCUCUGUCUGUCUGUCUGUCAGUCUGUCAGUCAGUCACACUUUUCUGGAUCCUGCGAUAACUUUAAAAGUUCUUAAUAUUUUUUCAUGAAACUUGAAACAUGGAUAGAUGGCAAUAUGGACAUUAUGCACGUCAUUUCAUUUUGUUCCUAUAUCAAAAAUUAUGGUUGCUAUGGCAACAAAUAGACUAGAAAUACUGCUGAAAAUGGUGGUUUCUGGAUCCUGCGAUAAAUUAAAAAGUUCUUAAUAUUUUUUCAAGAAACUUGAAACAUGGAUAGAUUGCAAUAUGGACAUUGUGCACGUCAUUUCAUUGUGUUCCUACGUCAAAAAUUAUGGUUGCUAUGGCAACAACAAAAAAAUCUGACUAUGGUGGAAUUUCUGACAAUCGUGGAGCCGGUAGGGGUCUAUAUUGCUUGGCAAUAGUCUUGUUAAAGACAUGUCAAUGUUUAUUAGAUGUCAAUGUUUAUAAUAUGUCAAUGUUUAUGAGAUAUCAAUGUUUAUGCUAUGUCAAUGGUUAUGAAAUGUCGAUGUUUAUGAGAUGUCAAUGUUUAUGAUAUAUCAUGGGAAUGAGAUAAUAAUGGUUAUUAAAUGUCAAUUUUUAUGAGUUGUCAAUGUUCUAAUGAUAUGUCAAUUGUUAUGGGUUUCAAUGCUUAUGAGCUAUAAAUGUUAAUUAGAUGUCAAUGUUUAUGAGAUGUUAAUGUUUAUAAGAGGUCAGUGUUUAUAAGAUGUCUAUGGUUAUGAGAUACCAAUGUAUAUGAGAUGUCAAUUUGUAUGAGAUGUCAGUGCUUAUGAGAUGUCAGUCCAUUGAUGUUAAGAAUUGUGAUAUGCUAUUCCAUCAAUUCAUUGUUAAUGCUAUUUUCGCCAAUCAUUUAUUUGGUAAGUUUUCAAUUAAUGCUAAUAUGUGAACAGCAUUUUUAAUCUGUUUGUGUGCAAAUACAUGUGCAUAAAUUACAAUUAUUUUUUGGAUUAACAGAAAAUUAAGCUUGUUAUUUCAUUUUUUUUUACAUUUAAUUCACGAAUGAAACAUUCAUGUUGUAGUUCAAAACGUUGGAGAAAACUAUACAUUUUUUUAUUCAAAUUAUAUGACUGUUACAUGGGUGAUUACAAGCAGCUGUUGGCCAAACAGUUGUUUCAAUCAAGAUGCACACACAUAAGCUCUUAUUAUUAUCCCCAGCCAAGAAUGAGUUAUAUAGUUUUGGCGUUUUCCAUCCAUCCUUCUGUCCGUCCGUAAAUCCGUCCUUCUGUCGGUCUUUCAAAAACUUCUCAGGGCUAUAACUCAGAAUCUAUAUAAGAUUUAAACAUAACUUCAUGGCUGUAUAGAUAUUAAAGAGGAGAUGUGCCAUGCACAAGAACCAUAACCCUACACUUUCUCAUAUUAGAGUUAUUGCCCUUUGUUGUUUUAUAUGAUGUACCGGAAACCUUUCAGGCCUAUAUCUCAUUUAUGAUACAAUAUUUUAACACGGGUUUAUCAAUCUCAGUUUGGAGCAUUGUUAUGCAUAAAGCAAUAACCAUACACUUUGGUAAUUUACAGUUAUUGCCCUGUUCAUCCAUCUGCAUCAAUCAAUUGACAGAAUUUAUUCGGUGGGGGAUAACAAUCAAACGAAUUUGCUUGUUCCGAUAAAAUUGUAUUCUGACCAAUAAAAACGAGGCUGUUCACAAAUUAAGAGCUGCAAUUGCAUUCAAUGUAGUCACAGCAAAAACGAACAGAAGACUUGAUUAUUUCCCAACAAGAAAGCCACUUCCAGUCACGCUGCAGCAGUAAAAAAUGACGUCAUUAAGCGCUGUGUCGUCACCACUACCCUGAUUCGACUCAAUUCGUGUCUUGAGGCCGCAAAUUGCCGAGCCUAGUAGAAAAUGAUAGAAAUCUUAUUAAUAACUUGUUUGUGAUUUAGUAAACACGUCAAUGAAGGACGGUGCCAACCCUCUUUCUGGAUUCGCCAUUAUGUCUUAACGUUAAUAGAUCCGUUAACGUAAAUAACUAACUACCAUGAACAAUUGACGUUCUUUAUCAACAAUAACUGACAGGAUGAUAACUAAAUCUUUUAACAGACAGCUUGGUAGUUUAAUACUUGGUCAGCCAAUAAAUUGGUCGUUUUUGGUUCCUUGCUUUACACGACAA